AUGGUUGAGGAUGUGACCACCAAUCCUUCAGCAUCCCUCAGACUGAUCCAGUCCAAUCUGUGUGACGAGUGUCGACCGAAUCUUCUGGAGAAUGUGGAUUUUCCAGGAACAGACAUUACAUCGCUGUAUUCCCCUGAUGUGAAUCACUGUCAGCAGCUGUGCACCCAGCACCCCUCCUGCCUCUUCUUUACUUUUAUUCGGUCUGACUGGACCAGAGAUGACAGACACUUCUACUGCUACCUGAAGCACACGUCCUCUGGAGAGCCCAGGACUCAGACCUCACUCCUGGGAGUUACCUCUGGUUAUUCUCUCAAACCCUGCACAUCAAACACUGAUCAAUGUUUCUCUACCGUCUACCAGAACAUGGACUUCUUAGGUGCGGAUUAUCAAUUCUUGUUCACGGCUGACUAUGAGGAGUGUCAGAGAGCCUGCACACAUGACCCAGCCUGUCAGUUCUUUACUUUUGCCAAUGGGGACUUUUCGGAUACAAAGAUCAGGCAUAAGUGCCAUCUGAAGUUCAGCUGGACCGUGCCACACACACCUACUGUAGUAGAACGGGCUGGUGUUGUGUCUGGAUUCUCUCAUAAAAUACGCACAUCCCUGAACGAUGGCCCAGUGUGUCAGGCCAAGUUUUUUCCCAAUACUGACAUCCCAGCCAGUGACCUUGUGAGGAUGCCAUCUCCCUCUGCUGAACACUGUCACACACUGUGCAGUGCUCAUCCAAGCUGUACCUACUUCUCCUUUAGCAGAAACACUUGUUACCUGAAGAAAAACGUUGAUCAAAUGGUGACUGUAGCUAAGGAUGGAGUCACAUCUGGGAUACCAUCUCGUUUCUGUCUGGCCGAUAACGGAUGGGUCAAAGUGGCUCAUGAAGGACUAGAUUUUGCAGGCUCCGACAUUCGUUACGUGCUGCUGGAUGAUGCAGAUUCGUGCCAGAGGACAUGUACUGAGGACCCCAACUGUCAGUUCUACACCUACGCCACUGAGGACUUCUUUGACUCUGAUUACUGGCGCCGCUGCUAUCUGAAGCGAGUUAUUUCCAUUCCUUCUCCUCCUAAAGUCACCAAACUGAAUGGUGUUGUGUCCGGCUUCACUCUGAGGAGCUGUGCAGUGUAGGUGUUUUUCAGGCACGAAGUGAGACAAACAAAACAAAA